AUGGCCCAUGAUUCCCCAGAGCCAAUGGCUACCGUGCCAGACGCCUCCAUCGAGAAAGCGCCUCACGUUCACCACGACGAGCACACACUCGACAUGAGCGGGAAAAUGCUCGACGAUGAAGCCAGACUUGCCACGGCCAUCGAACACAACGCAACAGUCUGGCAGAGUAUCAAGACAUAUCGCAAGGCCGUCUUCUGGUCUGUAGUAGUUUCAGCAUCCAUCAUCAUGGAAGGUUACGACACCACGCUCAUUGGAUCGUUCUUCGCCUACCCAUCUUUCAAGAAGAAGUACGGACAUUACAGCGGUGAGGAGUACGGCUACCAACUUUCCGCGCCAUGGCAAACAGGACUGCUGGAUAUCCAAGCUGUUGGCAACAUCAUCGGCGCUCUGGGUAAUGGUUACUUCACGCACAAGUAUGGACACCGCAUUGUCAUGCUGGUCAGUCUCGUCAUGAUGACUGCCUUCAUUUUCCUCACCUUCUUCGCUCCAAACGUCGAGACUCUCCUCGUUGGUGCCUUCUUCUGCUCCAUCCCCUGGGGAACAUUCGCUACUAUGGGUCCGGCCUAUGCUAUGGAAGUUUGUCCUUUGGUCCUCAGAGGCUACCUUGCAGCUUUCGUCAAUCUCUGCUGGGCUAUCGGUCAACUUCUCUCGGCCGCCAUCCUCAAAGCACUUGUCAACAACAACACACAGUGGGGCUACCGCAUCCCAUUCGGCUUGCAAUGGAUUUGGGUUCUCCCCCUCUUCACAGCAGCUUGGUUCUGUCCCGAGUCACCUUGGCAUCUCGUCCGCAAGAAUCGCCUCGAAGAAGCUGAACACUCCCUCAAGCGUCUCUCUCAGGACUCAGACAAUGUCGACCACAAAGCCGCCAUCGCACUCAUGGUCCACACAACUCGUCUCGAAGAACAAGAAGAGCUCGGCACAUCAUACUGGGAUUGCUUCAAAGGCACCAACUUGCGCCGUACCGAAAUCGCCUGUUUCGCUUUCUUGUCACAAAUCACCAAUGGCGGCGCUUUCGCUUACAGCCCAACAUACUUCUUCGAGCAGGCUGGUAUCGAUGCUGAUGUGUCUUACAAUAUCGGUCUCGGCGGAACUGGAAUCGCUUUCUGCGGAACUGUCAUCUCGUGGUUCAUCAUGAAUAGGAUUGGUCGUCGUCCGAUUUUCCUUACUGGAUUCCUCUGCAUGGUAUCCUGCCUCUUUAUCAUCGGUAUCCUCGCCUGCGUCCCCGGUGUCGACGACUCCAAGACAAUCAAAUACGUGCAAGCAUCACUCUGUCUCGUCUGGCUCGGCUCCUACAGUAUGACGGUCGGUCCAAUCGUGUAUACUAUCGUGGCUGAAAUUGGUGCCACUCGUCUACGUACCAAGACUGUCGUUCUCGGCCGUUCCACAUACUAUGUCGGUAACAUUAUCGGUGGUGUGUUGCAGCCAUAUAUGAUGAACCCUACAAAGUGGAAUUUCAAGGGUAAGACUGCUUUCUUCUGGGCGGCUUUGGCGACUAUUACAACGGUUUGGGCGUGGUUCCGUUUGCCUGAGACGAAGGAUCGGACGUUCGAGGAGUUGGAUGUUUUGUUCUUGAAGGGCAUUCCGGCGAGGAAGUUUGCGAAGGCCGAUGUGGAGCAUGAGGAUCUUAGUUGA